UUACCCUGCCUCGUUUGGUGUGAACAGUACUGCAGCGCGGUGCGCAAGCUUUCCGGUGUGAACGCCCCUGAACUGAAGACAUUGUAUUCUGGGAGUUGUAGUUGUUAGUGGAAUUUUUAGGGCAGGCAGACAAGCUGUGCUGCAAAAUUGCUAUUUGUGUUUUUACGCAUUACAUUUAAAUGUAGUGCGUAAAAACGGCAGGUACGUAGCUUAUCUGGACCACUGGUCGGGACACCAGGAACUUUGAUGGAAAACUGGGGUGUCAGGUCACCCUACACUGGAGGGAUGUGACGUUUUUUUGUGUCUACGAAAGACAAAGAAGGUGCAAUGGGUUCUCACUCCGUAAACACAGAAGCAGCAAGUGUUUGAAUCUUAACAUGACCCCGAAUAUUCACAGAGCGAUGUCAGCUGACCUCCAGCCUGUGAGAGCUGCCCUGGCCACACUGUCUCUCUGCUUGCUCUGCUUGUGUCACAGUGCUCCCACCUCCCUGAGGGACCAACUCAUGCAGCACGAGGAGUCUCAGCGCACAGGGGGGAACCUCCUGCUGACGGGGACAGAGAUGCAGGUGAGCAGCCUGCUCCAUGGCCUGAUGGAGCAGGAGCUGGAGGCCUGCCAGCGCUCCGGGAGAUUCCCUCCAGCCAUGCACUUCUUCAGGGCCCGCGAGCUCAUCGAGCAGAGCCAGGUCUUCAAGCUCAUACAGAGGAUGCCCAAAGGAGCUGCCUUGCACAUUCACGACUAUGCUAUUCUGAGGGUUGACUGGCUGAUCAGAAACGCAAGCUACGUUUCGCACUGCUAUAUCUGUUUUACCACCAAGAAUUCGGUGAGAUUUCACUUUUUUGCCGAAGACCCCCAGACCAGACUGCCAGACUGUUCCGACUGGCUUUUACUCGAGACCCUAAGGAAAAAAAUCAGCAACGUCAACGAUUUUGAUAACAGUUUAAUCAGAAACCUCACCCUCUUCACAGAGGACCCAGAGGCAACCUACCCUUCCCAGGAUGCCAUCUGGCGCAAGUUUGAGGACCUGUUUGGAGUAGCCUCGGGCCUCAUCUCCUACGCCCCUGUGUUCAAAGCCUACUUCUACCAGGCCCUGCUGGAGUUCUACCAGGAUAACGUCAUGUACAUCGAGCUCAGGGUGGUUCUGCCACCGGUGUACGAACUGGAUGGCACGACUCAUGAUAAGGAUUGGUCCAUGGCUGCCUAUCGGGACGUUGCCAAGCAGUUUGUUUCAGCUCAUCCUGAUUUCUUGGGCGCUCAGUUCAUCUUCACAGCACACAGGAAGCAAGAUGUUUCUGAAAUCAAGGAGGCUGUCUACGUAGCUUUGCAUUUAAAAGAGAAAUUCCCCGACAUCAUGGCGGGAUUCGACCUGGUGGGGCAGGAGGAUGGGGGUCACCCUCUCUGGUACUUCAAAGAGCCCCUCUCCAUCCCUGCUUUGAAGGGAGUCAACCUGACGUACUUCUUCCAUGCAGGAGAGACGGAUUGGAAGGGCAUGGAUGUGGAUGAGAAUGUGCUUGAUGCUCUCGUGUUGAACACCUCCCGCAUUGGGCACGGCUAUGCUCUGGUACAUCACCCCGCUGCCAGGGAGCUGGCCAGGAAAACCGAGGUCCCACUGGAGAUCUGCCCCAUCUCAAACCAGGUCAUGCAGCUGGUUUCAGACCUGCGGAACCACCCAGCCUCCACUCUGAUGGCUGAAGGCCACCCCAUGGUGAUCAGCUCAGAUGACCCAGCCAUCUUCGGCGCCAAGGGCCUGUCCUACGAUUUCUACGAGGCCUUCAUGGGGAUUGGAGGGAUGAAGUCAGACCUGAGGACUCUCAAACAGCUGGCGACCAAUUCCAUCAGGUACAGCGCCUUAUCUGUAGAGCUGAAGGCAAAGGCGACAGCACUCUGGCAGAAGCAAUGGGAGCACUUCAUCAGUGAGACACUGGCACUGGAAGAGCAAGGCCGCUGAAGCCUUUCUAGAAAGAGUAACUUGUUGCAAUUCUUUUUUUUUUUUUUUACUGGCCCAUUUAUGGUCUUUGCCAUCAUUCACAGAGGUUCUUACUGCAAUUUUCUCCCAAUUGUGUGUGUCUCUUUCCUUCAUUUCCCACUGUAUGCUACAAUAUUAAUAUGGUUUGUGAGCAUUGUAAAUCAUUUUGGAAACAAAAAUGGCAUUAUUCCUUCUAAGUUAAAACACAAAUAACGCAAUCUCCUAAUUAUGGACCCUAAGUCAGACACAUUUAUCACAAUGUCACUUACCAUGGACACAGUGGUGUUAGUUUGCCAGAUAUUUUAAUAAUAAAAUGUCAAUACAUUGGAAAAGGCUAGGAUAUUGAUAGAAAAACUGUAUAGAAAAUGUGUUUUUGAAGUGUUUUCUAAUUUAUAAAAUACUAUGUUUUAACACUGUUGUUUGUGUAACCCUAUGUUGUUGUAGAACAGAGUUUCAGUUAUACAGCUACAUAAGAAUAUUAAAGUAGAUUCAACAAUCUGAAUAAAGUGAACAUUGAAACUUG